UAUGCUUAAAAAUAGUUAUAUUUCAUGUCCCAGCUUUCAGUCUGACAAAGAAUAUGUAGUUCAAUCGGUGUACUUGUCCUUUUUUUCUGUGUAUUCUAUGAGUCAUACACCAGACAGUAACCGUGAAUGAAUGUGAUAUACAUACCUCUCACCGAAUAGCAUCAUCCUCACAUUACACAGAAGGCGGGAGAACAGGCUCUCGACUGACCAAUAGGUAAACAACUUCAUUCAUAAAAAAAACUAGGGGUUGAUAACCGAAAACGUGGAUUUGGAGGUUUCAUAAUCCUUACCGAAACAGAAAACCAGUUCUGAAUUACAGCCAAUGAAAGUGUCUGAAUGGAGCGCCACUGUAAUGUUUGUCCAAUCACCUUCGAGCCACAGCCGCACAGGACCCGCCCCCUUAAAACACAAGCCUCGAUGAAUAAGAAAAGAGCCUUUGUGACUGACGCAUGGAUUAACCGAAGAGCCUCGAGUAUCUGUGAACGGACAAGGGUUUCAUCCAAUCCUGGGUGAAUGUGGGCGUGUUCGGGCGGUGAAGGAGUAGGCGGGGGUGUGCACUUCAAUCUGGAUAGACUAGUAUGUUAGAGGAGUUGUGGGGGUGUGAUGCUACAACCUGCUUAUAAAGGGGCUCGCACGUUGUGGCUCUUAAUCAUUGCAUAUCGCUUAAUUUCGUGGGUUAGACUGCACGCUCGCUCGCCCAGGCGUCUACAUGGAGUACUUGAACGUGGUGAAGAUGCUUCAGCUUGCUGAGACUCCUCUGUAUUGGGUCGGUGCAGUCACCACGGCCUCACUGGCGCUGUGGCUCCUCUACCACAUCUUCUCCGGCUUCAGGAUAUGGGUGCUAGGAAAUGGAGAUUUGCUGUCCCCUAAAUUGGGGAAAUGGGCAGUUGUAACGGGAGCCACAGAUGGAAUUGGGAAAUCCUAUGCGGAGGAGCUUGCUCGACGAGGAUUCUCCAUAAUGCUGAUCAGCCGCUCACAGGAGAAGCUAGACGAUGUUGCCAAGUCUCUCGAAAGUCUGUAUAAUGUGGAGACAAAGACCAUUGCUGUGGAUUUUGGUCAGAUCGACAUUUAUCCUAGGAUUGAUGCGGCACUUGCUGGGCUAGAAAUAGGAGUCCUUGUAAACAAUGUUGGCAUUUCCUACUCUUACCCUGAGUUCUUUCUGCACAUCCCUGACCUGGACAAUUUCAUUAACACAAUGAUAAAUGUCAACAUAACUUCAGUGUGUCAGAUGACUCGUCUGGUAUUGCCCAAAAUGGAAGCUAGAGCAAAAGGUGUGAUUCUCAACAUCUCCUCUGCUAGUGGCAUGUACCCAGUUCCACUGCUCACUGUCUACUCCUCCACCAAGGCUUUUGUUGACUUCUUCUCCCGUGGACUUCAAGCAGAGUACAAAUGCAAAGGGAUUAUUAUUCAGAGCGUGCUGCCUUUCUACGUGGCCACCAAAAUGACCAAGAUCAGGAAACCCACUCUGGACAAACCUACUCCCGAGCGUUAUGUAGCUGCUGAGCUAACCACUGUGGGGCUACAGGACCAGACAAAUGGUUAUUUCCCUCAUGCAGUCAUGGGAUGGUUGACCACUGUUGUAGUUCCUCACAAACUGGUCAUUUACUUUGGCAUGCGCAUGAACAAGGCUCUGCGUGGUGGUUACCUCAGGAGGAGAAAGCUGCGAUAGCUUGUAGAUGUCGUCUAAAGGGAAAUGACAAACCACGUCCAAAGUGUCCUUUCCUUAGUGUUUGCUUAGUAUGGGUAUGAAUGCCUGACUUUUGUAUCAGUGUUUAAGUAGUUCUGUGUCAAGGCUUUUGUAUUGAAUGUCUCCUUAGACAAACCUCUUGAUGUUCUUGUAAGAACUACUGACCACAAUGGUCACACUGACAUGUUGAAUGAUGUAGUUCAAACUAGGCUUUUAAAUUGGUGAGUUUCUCUUUUGGCUUGUGAGAUUUGGGAAUGGGUGUAACUUAUAAUUAACAGGGUCUAAAGAGUGUUGCAUUGGUGCAUGGAGGGCUGUUUUCACUGCUGUUCUAAGCAGACUGUAUUUGAAUGGAGAUGGGUUUCAUAAACAUAUGGUUCUGUGUAUAAAAGCCACAUGUGCACCUGACUACUUGCUCACUGUUGCCAGUUCCCUGUUAUGUUUGUUUACAAUGAUUCAGAAGUUAAAAUGUAUACAUUGUCUUUUCCUUAGCUGUUGAAUGAUCUUGAGUAUUGGCCUUUUAAACUUUUUUUUUUCUUCUUUUUUUUUUACAUUUUGUACCCUUUUUCUUAGUAUUUAUGAAAUUGGUGGUGGGGUUUUGGUGUUUUAUGUUUACUAGAUAUCUGCAAUGGUGCUUUUUUUUUUUUUUUUUUUUUUUUUUUUUUUUUUUUUUUAAAUUAUUAUUUUUGAGCCAUGUUUCACACUGUUAAUCACUGAUCAUUCAGAAUAAUGUGCCUUAUAGAAAUAUACAGGAAUUUGCUAACUGUUAAUGGAGAUCUCUACCAGCUGCUAUUUUGUCUCAAACGUAGCAAUGCACUUACUGCCUUUUUUCUUUUUCUUUCUCUUCUUCUUUUAAAGAACUUUGACCAAAUAGUGUACUAUGCCACGUGAGGGUCUCUUUCUUUUUUUUCUUUCUUUUCCCUUACUUAUUAUUAAAGGUCUCGAUUUAGGGGUCUUCCUAUGUCCCAGAUUUGACUCUCCAUUUGACUUUUGUUGAACCAAAGCCGGUCAGAUGAAAACGCUCAGGUAUUUGAGCCUUGCUGGUUGUAUCACAGGGAAAACUUGAAUGUUUACAUUCCAAAAUAUUUAGGCAUGGAAUACAAUGUGUGCCUUUGUUCCACCAAAUCAUGCUUGUGUAUUUAAAUUUAGUUUGUCUUUUUCAAAUAAAGAUGUGAUUUUACUCUGGUCCAGGAAAAUGAUCAUUAUAUUAAUUUAUGUUUUGUUUCCUAAAAUAGAUUUUUGGGUCAGAUGAUACUGUUCUCCAAGCUGAUGCGUAAUGCAAUUUCUCAAACAGCAUCUGAAUACCCCAAUAAUUCAUCAGAUGGUGUAAACUAGACUGAAUAGUGUAAUAUGAAAACUGAGUCAAAAUUAAAUAAAGACACCACUAAAAUGGAUGCUUCCUCAGUUAGAUUUUACAUGGUGUCAUGUCCUGUAAGUUAUCUUUGUAUGGUUAUAGUCUAGGUCUAUUAAGUCAGGUCAUAGAAACAAUGAAACUGUUAAUUUGGGGGGAGGGAAAUUCUAGAUGUUAUCGG